CAAUGGUUCGGUAACCUAGUUUCACCAAAUUUUUGGAAUUUUAUAUGGUUAAACGAAGGUUUCGCUACUCUUUUCGAAAACAUUGGCACUGAUUUGGUUCAUCCGGAAUUUCAUAGUUUUGACAGUUUUGUGACUUUCGAUUUGCAAAGUGUUCUUAAAGUUGAUGACAAAAUUGAUGGAACACAUCCAAUGACAUACUAUGUUGAAGAUCCAAAAGCAGUUGCAGAGCUAUUUGAUCGCAUUACAUACCAAAAAUCUGGAUCGGUUCUUCGGAUGUUUAUGCAUGCUUUAGGUGAACAGAGUUUCAAAAAGGGACUUAACUACUACCUAAAUAAGAAAUCUUUCCAAACAGCCAUUGAUAAAGAUCUAUUCGAGAGUUUGGAUCGUGCUGCUAAAGAGGACAAUACCUUGGACAAACAUUUAAAUGUAACAGAUAUUUUUGGUUCGUGGUCCAAUCAAGCUGGAUUUCCAUUGCUCAUUGUCAAACGAAACUAUGAAAGUGACUCUAUAGAAAUUUCACAAGAAAGAUAUUUGGAAAAAUAUCCAUGUCCAGAAGCAAAUUUUACUACUUGGUAUAUUCCAUAUAAUUUUGAUACAUCCAAUAAUGUCAACGUCAAUGACACAUCUGUAGAUGGUUGGUUACCGAAAGGCGUUAAAUCGAUGGUUAUUAAUCCAAACAAAAAAACUAAUUGGACCAAUGGAUAUUGGGUGUUGUUCAAUAAGCAACAAACUGGAUUUUAUCGUGUUUUGUACGAUGAAAGAAACUAUAAAUUGAUAAUGAAUGAAUUGAAAUCCGGCGAUAUCAAUAAAAUCCAUCCAAUUAGCCGAGCACAAUUACUUGAUGAUUUAAGUGAUUUUGUUUUUACCAAACGAUUACCGGUAACCAUGUACUUUGAUCUAAUUCAAUACUUGAAACAUGAAACUGAAUUUGCUCCAUGGUCGUCGGCAAUGCGAUCUCUGUUCAAAAUAAAGCAUAUAUUGGUUGAAGGAAGUAAAGCAUACGAAAAGUUUAGAACAUUUGUUGCUGAUGUUGUUGAACCAUUCUAUGAACACCAUGCAUUAGUCGAUGCCAAUGAAAAUGAACCAUUUGACAAAAAUCUAAUACGAGAAAUUGCAGUUAAAUUAGCUUGUGAAUUUAAGAUUGAAUCAUGUUUACGCGAUUCGAAGCAACUGCUCGAGACGGCCAUUGACAGUGGAUAUUUUGCAUCGAAAAAUACUCGUGGUCUCAUUUAUUUAUACGGUAUUCGUGAUGCAAACGCUAGUUUUAUUGAUUUGAUUCGGAAACGGUUAAAUUCAACAAAUGACGAAGAACACGAAGAAAUUUGGCAAAGUCUUAAAAACAGUGUGUCCAUAAUAUAUAGAAAUAUCACUAAAUAGUGUCGAUAUCUAUACUAUAUCGGUCCACUAUAUAUGAAAGAUAUUGCCGCACGGCACCGUAUCGCACGAUCGAAGCCAGUGUAGACGGAAAAAAUCACAAAUUGCCAUGCGGCAGUAGAAAGAACUGUGUGUAUGCGUCAACAUGUUUGCCGUCCGCACUCACUUCUAUCGUGAGCUACGGUGUCUUGCGGAAUAUCUUACAUAUAUAGUGGACCAAUAUAGUAUAGAUAUCGACACUAUUUAGUGCUAUUUCUAUAUGUUAUGGACACACUGCUUAAAAAUCUCAACAGUAAAGCUAUAAAUUCCUUGUCAUUACUUAACGGGCUUUCAACAAGAAGCCAAUAUGAAGAUUUGCAAGCAUUUAAAUUGUUCAAAGACGAUUUUGGCAAGGGAUGCGUAUUGGAAAAACAUCAUGAUUUGUACAAGACGCUUCUCACAUUGUCUAGGAAUGUUUACAACAACUAUACCAAAAAGCAGUUCCUUUCCAUUCUAACAACGAUGAAAAAUGGAAAGUGUUUAAAUGAAGAGCAGAGCAAACGUAUCAUUGACGAAACGAACAGAGCAUUGGAAACAUCGAAAUCCAUUCGAAAACUUAUUAUGGCAAAUGUCACUGCAAUAUUUGAGGCUAAACAUCGCAACUUUUGACCAUUUAACGUAUCAAAUAUUGGCUUAAUUCAAUGCAAAGCUGCAAAAUUCAUAGGUACACAAAAUAUUUGGAAUUCAAAAACCCCUAUAAA